AUAAAAGCUGUCAGCCUAUCAGAAUCUGCAGAUAAACAUCCUGACGAUCAGAAGUAAGAGUCUACUGAACCAUUCCGGUCCUCUCACAAGUAAAAAGCAACCAUGAUCAAAGGUCCCAUGAACGUCGGUUUCAUCACAGCCUUCUUGUUUGUAGCAGUAUUGCCAGUAUCUUUAUCUUACCCCCAAACACGGUACCGACGUUCCUUGGUGGAAAUUAAUGAUCCUAAUGAAGUCAUGAGAGUCCUGGCGGGACUAAUGGACAACUUGAUUGUCGCAGAAAGUGGCAAAACCGAGAAACGAGGUCUGGACUUAGGCUUAUCUCGUGGCUUUUCCGGUAGCCAGGCCGCGAAGCAUCUGAUGGGUUUAGCAGCUGCUAAUUUUGCUGGAGGACCCGGUAGGCGGCGUCGUGAUGUCAGCAAAGAAGAAUGAAGGAAACAUCCGUGAACCACAGUAGCUGUAGCAUCAGUUAUAAAUCUUGACUAUUAGUUCCAAAGACGAAUGACGCACUUUAAAUGAAAUUUGCAUUUCGGAGAAUCAGUUUAAUGUAUACUUAAUGUAUAAAUAAAGAAAUUUCUGCAAGAGA